AACAACGAACCAAUCAAAUUCAUCCAAUUUUUUUCCCUCUUUUCUUGUUUCUUUUUGCUCCCAAUCACUCUUCAGAUUCCGGAAAAAAGAAAAGAAAAGAAAGAUUCUUCUGUUCUGUCAUAAAAAAUGAACUCGCCGAAUUGGGAACUCCAGGGCUGCUGUAAUCGGAACCAGAACGCGUUCCUCAUCACCAUCGGAAUCUUCACCGUCGUUAUCCUUCUGCUAUGGAGGACAUUCCUGUUGACUCCGUUUAAACUAAUCACGGUGUUUCUUCACGAAGCCAGUCAUGCUGUUGCUUGCAAGCUUACUUGUGGUGAUGUGGAGGGGAUGGAGGUGAAUGCAAAUGAAGGAGGUUCUACAACAACACGUGGUGGCAUUUAUUGGCUGAUCUUGCCUGCUGGCUAUCUUGGCUCAUCAUUUUGGGGAAUGGCUUUGAUUCUUGCAUCUACUAAUCUUCUUACAGCAAGAAUAGCUGCUGCUGGUCUGGGUCUUGCUUUAUUCAUCGUCCUCUUCAUUGCCAAAAACUGGACGCUUCGAGGUCUUUGUAUAGGUUUCAUAGUCUUCCUCGCUAUCAUUUGGGUUCUACAAGAGUUAACUACUGUCAAAAUACUCCGUUAUGUCAUUCUCUUCAUUGGUGUGAUGAAUAGCUUAUUCUCAGUUUACGAUAUCUAUGAUGAUCUGAUAUCACGGAGAGUCCACUCAAGCGAUGCUGAGAAGUUUGCAGAGAUCUGUCCUUGCUGCACUGGUUGUGGCUGGGGUGUCAUUUGGGGAAUGAUAUCAUUUAUGUUUCUUUGCGCGUCUCUGUAUCUUGGGCUUGUGAUCCUAUCAUAGAGAAAGGUUCAGAUUCUUCCCAGUGAAAUGCAGAGAUUCUUAUCUAUCAUCAAUGCGCAGUUAACAAUAGUUUGAUUCUUUAAGAUCCCUUUGUGUGUGUUCGGAUUUACAUUUGAUUGAAAGUUUAGGAUUUAUUUGAAAAGUUUGUAUGCUUAUUCUUGUUUGACGUGUAUUGACUACAACUCAUUGAUUGGUCUGUUUAAUAGUACAUCGUUUAAAAAAACACGUUGACUUCUGG